AAAUCUCACUCCGCCUGCAGCUCUUCGGAUCAUCGAGCCCGCCAUUACUGUAUACAUUCGAUGAAUCAGCCGUCUUCUUCCCGCUUUCUUCCUACAACACCUCGCGAGAAUCAUUCAAAUGGAUCCCUAGAUCCGGUACCCGCAAAUCUCUGCUGCCCGCUUGCUGUUUCUCCGUAUUCCUCCGCCAUGUCUUCCUUCUAUAAAUAGUAAUUCCUAGGCUGUGUCGCUCUCCCUUGCAUUGCAUGCUGUUUUCUGUUUUGCUGAGAUUGUUGAGCCGAUGUCUUCUUUGUUUCUCGGGCCACCGAUUGUGCGGCCGGGAAGAGAGAAGAUAGGAUUUGUGUGUUCUCCGGUGAGGAGAAGGCGGAGUGCCGGUGGAGUUAAGAUGGCUGCUGAUGGAUUUCGCGUCCGGAGUGGGGAGUCUAUUGAGGCGAAUGGCAAGUGCGACUGCUCUGCUCUGGAAAGAAACACUUUGGUGCUUUCAAAUGUUGGGAAUUCAACAAACAUUUCAUGGCAUGAAUGCCUAGUUGGAAAGCAUGAACGGCAGAAGUUAUUGAAGCAAAAAGGUUGUGUCAUAUGGAUCACGGGUCUAAGUGGAUCAGGCAAAAGCACUUUGGCAUGUGCCCUCAGCCGAGAAUUACAUAUACUUGGAUAUCUUUCUUAUGUGCUUGAUGGGGACAACAUCAGACAUGGACUAAACAAAGAUCUUGGCUUCAAAGCAGAGGAUCGUUCUGAAAAUAUACGUAGAGUUGGAGAGGUAGCAAAACUUUUUGCUGAUGCUGGUGUAAUAUGCAUUGCUAGUUUGAUUUCGCCUUACCGGGCCGACCGUGACGCCUGUCGUGCUAUGAUGCCAGACUCAACUUUCAUUGAAGUUUUCAUGGACACGCCUUUGGAAAUUUGUGAAGCAAGGGAUGCAAAGGGUUUAUACAAGUUAGCACGUUCUGGAAAGAUAAAGGGAUUUACAGGGAUUGAUGAUCCUUAUGAGUCACCUUUGAAUUCUGAGAUAUCGAUAGCACCAAUUGCUGGGGUUUGUCCGUCGCCUGUAUCAAUGGCCAAACAAGUGAUAUUAUAUCUGGACGAGAAAGGAUUUUUGGAGGCUUAACGACAGAGGAAAGUUGCAGAACCUGCUCUCUCUCUCCCUCUCUCUAGCAUUUACAUUAUCUCACACAUAAACUUUCAUAUUUAGUUAUUUACAU